AGCCUGCGCAGGGCUCGAGCACGCGGUGCCUGAGCCGUCGCGGGGCGUUGCUGCGGCAACUCACCCGAACUGUUCCAUUCCCUUCCGCUCCUCCGCGCUUCUCUCGGCAUGGACGUGGACUACGACGAGGACGCCGCGGCGGCGCCCUCUGGGCGCAAGGUGAAAGGCCGGGGGGCGGCGGAGGACGACCGCUACGCCGGCAAGGCGGGCCAGUUCGACACGCUCGGCGACGACGGCGAGAGCGGUGGGCCCGCGCGGUCCAUCGAGGGCUGGGUUUUUGAAUGGUCUUCUAUCGUCGUUUCUGGGGUGCACGAAGAGGCUCAGGAGGACGACGUCUUCGAGGCCUUCGCCGAGCACGGGGACAUCAAGAACCUGCACUUGAAUCUGGACAGGCGGACCGGCUUUGUCAAGGGCUACGCGUUCAUCUGGGUACGAGACGAAGCAGGAGGCCGAGGCGGCGAUCAAGGGGAUGGACGGCACAACGCUGCUGGAGCAGCGGCUCGCGGUCAACUGGUCGUUUGCCAAGCCGGGCGGCCGCCGCCGCCGCAAGUGAGCGCUCCUCCGCCGUUGACCCGUGCCGCCCAAACGGGGCUGGAGUAUCUCCGACGAUUUGUUGUUUGUUCCAUCGGCGUUUCUUCCUCGAUUUGGGCCCCUGGGGCCUUGUGACAGGCCCGAGGACCAUCAACAUAUAUCUGGUGCGAAAAACUGGCCCCGAGGAAGGGGUCAGACAAGUCGAAGGAUGUCUGGGUAGGGUCAGAUGAUCACGCCGCGUUGCUGGUGCAUUCUCGAUGUGGCGCUACACAGAGCCUGGCGUGCUCCGUCAGAACCUCGCUGGUGCAUGGCCGAUGCGCCGGCAAUUCGGUGUGCAUUUCCCGACUCUGAUCUAUUCUGGCCCCGUCUUUGCGGCCUCCAGUCGAGUCGUCCAGCAGCUUGAUGUUGUCAAUCCAUGGGCCCACGGAUGUGAUGACGAGGCGCGCAGAACGAGAAACACAUACUUAUGAUGUUAGAUGAAGCCGUUUUGAAGUUGUGGCAAUUGUUUGUGAAGUGAUCGGGUUCUGCUGCUGUCAUUCACAACUGCAGAAUACAGUUGCUUCCUCUUCCCGCUGGUGUCCCCAUGCUUUCUCUAUUGAGAAUCAUCGGUGCUCGUGCCCCAUUAGGUUAUGAAGUAUGGCAUGACACCUGAAGCUCUGUCACUCGAUCCUGGCUGUAACAACAUGAGCGGCUGCCACGUAGGAGGUUCUCGCAUUGUUCGACCCUCAAGGGAUUCGCACCUCCGCCCCAGAAAAUCCUGAAGUGUCCCAUGGAUCAUGCACCUCUAACUCCCGUGCUCAUGAAUGUUUCGAGGGUGCUGCUCCUCGGAGCCCCGAGUGUACAAAGAGUAUACCUCAUCCUUUGGCUGCAGUCAUUCCUCCUCGCUGCCUCCCUCCUUCCCCCUCCACCCUCAUUCCUUCAUCUGCCUUCAUCGACAUGCUGCGUUCCAGAAGUAG